UUCCGCGAUAGACGCACCGUUAUUUAAUAAACAACUUUAACUGGGAUGGUUAAACAACAUGGAGGUUAUCGAGACAAUUGUGAUACAAAAUGCUGAAGUGGAAGGAAAGGAAACGGUCGUGUCCACUGUGGACACGGACAAAACAAAAACAGAGUUUAUUUGGACGCUGCAGGCUACAUGGCACCUGGUCAACACCCGGCUCGAAAUGGAUCAGGCUUUUGACCAGCCAGUAUGCAAGAAAAAGAAACUUUGGGAGACAGUUGCAGAGAAAGUAAAUGCCAAACUGAGGGAGUCAGAGGUCACAGAUGUCACUGUGAAGGCCUACGAGUGCGAUCUGAAGUGGAGAAACAUGCUGGCCACAUACAGGAAAAACUCAGAGAGGGCCAAGAGGCUGGGGACUGCCAGCGUCCACUGGGAGUUCUUCAAGGCCAUGCAUGAAGUAUUGGGUAAGAGCCGGGAGGAGAUCGAAGCCCAGCGAAGGGCCAAGCUCAGUGGGACGAGGGUGGGCAAGGCCAUCGCCAGCAAGAAGUUUACCCCGAUCCUCCCAACGCCUCCUGCCACAGCUGCCCCCUGCCCCUCCAGACCUCCACAGGAUGUCCUGCAGCUGUACAUGGAGCUGCAGGAGAGGAAGAUGAACAUGUGGGCGCAGCAGAAAGCUCUGGAGGAGAGGAAGAUAGAGGCCAUCAACAACCUGGCCCAGGCCAUCUCCAGCCUGGCUCAGAGGAACAGCACACAGGCGCCAAAGGAUGGACAGUAGGCCAGAGGAGACAUGGAUCUGAACUUUGAUUUGUGUUGGUUGCUCUUACAAAAGACUUUUAUGAUACAGCACGAAGAAAUGGUUUAUAAUGUAUGUUUUUUUUUUUAGAUCAGGCAUGUUGACACUUUUUUUACUGUUACAGUUUCUAGAGCAGUUUGGUGCCGCAGGAAGACAGAAUGAAUUUCUUAAAAAUAAAUGAAAAUGGUACAGAAAAGGAGACACUCACCUGCAGUACCAUCAAGAGCUCUUGUUUACACUGCAAACAGAUUACACGCUUUUUUAAAAAGUUGUCAUUUUCUGCUUGUUUUCCUAUGGAUAUAAUAGUUAUUUUUGUACUGAAAUUUAUUAAUUAGUUUGGAAACCAAGAAAAACUAUUACAAAUAUUGCAUCCCACCAUCACUGUACCACAGUACCAAAUGCUUGAUAUAUCUGUCUAAUAUAAUGCAGGUAUUUAUACUGAUAAUUAUUGUUCUUUUAAUGACAGUAUUAAUGGAACCACUUGUGUAAAUGUUAAUUUGUGAAAUAGAUACCCCUUGUUAACUAAUGUCUCUUUUGGCUUGUCACUGCUCUCCAGUGGCCUUAGUGGGAACUACAACACCACGUUAUACUAAUUUUAGGAAAAUUAGUAAAUACGCUAAAAUAUAAACCUGGUUAUUGCACAUACCAACAAUUCCGUCUGUAUUAUUAAUGAAAGAAUUCAAUAGUUUUUGAGCAGUUUUUGGUCUGGAUGUUGCUUCAAUAGCAAGGGAUGCUUCUUGGCUCAAAAUCACUUCCCGUACAUACUUUAAAUUCAUUUGAAUUUCUGUACCAUUAAAUGCAUUGCAAUAAUCUUCCAUGCAAUAAACAUUAUUUUCAUGAAA